GGCGCGGAACAUCGUUUUCAACGGCUUUUGUCACUCGUCCGUGCCUGGAUUAGCAGUCACCGACGCUUCUGUAGUCUAUAGGCAUCUCUCGAGGCGCUGAAGACAAAGCACAAUGGAAGUUAUGCGGCCAACACUAAUAAGAAUUGGAGGACGUAUUUACAGGAAAAAUCAUAUCCGAGAGAAGGCCCACCAAAAUGAAGAGGAGGAGGAGGAGUUCUAUGCAGGCCCUGGGGAUGGUGCAGAUGAACCUUGUGAUGCCUUUGUGAUAGAAGAGUCUGAGAGAGGUUAUCGAUGUGCUGUUGACGUUCCCAGUCCACUAUACAAGUAUAUAAUAGGAAAGAAAGGAGAAACAAAGAAAAAACUAGAAACAGAAACCCGAACCUCUAUCAGUAUUCCUAAGCCUGGAGUGGAGGGAGAAAUUGUGAUUAUAGGACAACACCGGAAUGGUGUGAUUUCAGCUCGAACACGGAUUGAUGUUCUUGUUGAGAGCUUUCGCAGGAAACAACCUUUCACGCACUUUCUGUCAUUUGCACUCAACCAACCUGUGAUACAGGAAAAGUUUCUACACUUCAAAGAAGAAGUGUUAAAAAAGUGUUCAAAGAACCAUGGUAUCAGUGACAGCCUGUUCCAAAACCCAGCAAAGCUCCAUAUGACUAUUGGAACAUUGGUGCUCCUGAAUGAGCAGGAAAUCCAGAAGGCACAGGAGCUUCUGGAGAAGUGCAAAGAAGACUUUGUUGAUGCAAUUGCUGGAGGUGAACCGCUAACUGUUGAAGUAGCUGAUAUAGAAUACAUGAAUGAUGAUCCAGCUAUGAUGGAUGUUCUCUAUGCAAAAGUUGCCAUGAAGGAUGGAUCCAACAAGCUACAGCUAAUCACAGAUAGAUUGAUGGAUCGAUUUGUGACCUCAGGGUUAAUGCUGAAAGAAUGGGAUAGAGUGAAACUUCAUGCUACUGUCAUGAAUACACUUUUCCGGAAAGAUCCAAAUGCUGAUGAGCAAAACAACACAACUGCUGGCAAAUUUUUCAAGGAAAGAGAGUCAUUUGAUGGCCGAAACAUAAUGAAACUCUUUGAGAACUUCUACUUUGGAGAAGUACAACUGAGUGCAGUCUACCUCUCUCAGAGAUUCUCUGCCGACAGCUCUGGUUACUAUGCAACAUCUGGUCAGCUCACUUUCUCCUGAAGUCAUCUGCCCCAACAGAAAUUGGAUGUCACCAGAACUGCACAGUAGACAAGAUGAUGGUUUAAAUGGGUCCUGGAUUUGGAUGGGAUCAUUCACUCUUUGUGGAUCCCCCACAGAGCUUUGCCAAGGAUCUGAAUUAGCUCAUUCAUCAGAUGUGAACCUACUGAAAAAAGGGCCACAUGACCAAUAAGUUUCGUUUUGUUGAUGUUUUUACCGACGAAUGAAUGCCGGUGUCACACUUGGGUUCAAUGGUGUCUCAGGGGGCAGGGGCACCCAUACUCAGAGUCCCGCCCCCUUGCCCUCCCUCAACAUCAGCUGUUAUGAGCUCUUUAUUUAUUCCCUUUCACACACAGCUAAAGAGUGCUGUUUCUAUAAUUUGAGUCUGCAGUCCCUCCCUAGCCUGCUUAAUUGCUACUGCCUGGUCCUCUCUGUCUCCAGUCCCAGAGCCUUUCCCUUCCUUGAGAGCUAUCUCUGUUCUUCCCCUGAGCAGGCUGCAGAAAGUCUUUCCUCUCCCUGUCCAUAGCAUCCUUCUUUCCUUGCAGUCUAUCCUUUUUUCUCCCAGCUGUGCCUGCCUUUUUAUCAGGUUCUAGCCUGGGAAGAAGAAGCUGCCCUGCCUGCUGCAGCCCUGCCCCAUCCCUGCCCUUGGCUGCUUGUAAACUUAGCUGGGCUGGCAGUGGUGCAGGCCUGUAUGUGGCUCUUGUCGCACUCCUGUCUCACAACUGGAUACAGAGGGAAUAAUUUGCAUUUGGCAAGUGUUAAAUAAAUCUA